UAGAGCUAAAGCGCCAUCUGUUGUUGACGAAGUUUCAAUUAAUUCAGCACAAAUCUCUCAACAAAAAAGUCAAAAUGGACAUGGAAAUUCCAACGAGUUUGUGGACCCAUGGACCUCGCCCAGGAGCUUUCUAUGACCCUCCAGGUGGCGUAAAAAGUACAAGUACCAUCCCAGCUAAGCACACUCUAAACCCUAUGGUUACUGGAACCUCUACACUUGGAAUGAAGUUCAAUGGAGGUGUUAUCCUUGCAGCAGAUAUGUUGGGUUCAUAUGGAUCCCUGGCUCGAUUCAGGAACAUCUCCCGUGUGACUAAGGUCAAUGACAACACGGUACUGACAGGGGCUGGAGACUAUGCAGAUUUUCAAUUUGUCUCAGAAUUGCUUGACCAAAAAAUCAUUGAUGAUGAGUGUCUUAAUGAUGGACAUAGCUUCACUCCAAAAGCUCUCUUCUCUUGGCUUACAAGAAUCAUGUACAAUAGAAGGUCAAAGUUCAAUCCAAUAUGGAACACCAUGGUCCUUGGGGGAUUCCAGAAUGGAGAAAGUUUCCUUGGUUAUGUAGAUAAAAUUGGAGUAGCCUAUGAAUCCCCACAUGUAGCCUGUGGUUACGGUGCCUACAUUGCUCUGCCAAUGAUGCGUGAUGCUCAUGAGAAGAACAGUAACAUGACAGAGCAGGAAGCCAGAGCUGUCGUUGAGAGGUGCCUCAAGGUUCUCUUCUAUAGGGAUGCCAGAUCAUUCAAUAAGUAUGAGAUUGCUGUUGUCACAGAGAAGGGUGUUACUAUCGACCCUCCUGCAUCAUCAAAAACCAACUGGGAUAUAGCACCAAUGGUAGAGGGAUAUGAAUGACACCACCAGAGCUGAAGAGGCGUACAUCUACGUAAAUUAAGUAAUUUUGUAUAAACUUCCUGUAAAUCCUUUUUUUUUUGGGGGGGGGGGGGGGUCGUAAAUGAAGAAGACAUUCAUGAAAGAGUAUAGAUGAUUAGGAUAACAGUUUCAUUAUCAGCAAAGUAUCUCCAUUUCUGUUGAUUAGGAGUGGAAAGGGGUACUAUCCUAAUGUAGCCUUUCUUUGCAAAUACAUGAAGGGUUGGAGAAAGAGGUCAGCAGAGAGAAUGUGUAGUGUUAAGAAACAAUUUCUCGUAUAUGUUUGCAUUCCAGCAAAAGUGGAAGUGUUUUCUAAAUGUAAGAAAAUAAUCAGGCCUUCGUCUUCAUUUUACCGUUAUGUUUCCUUAUUCUGUUUGUUGUGGCCACAUAGCAUAGAUAUAUUUUGCUCUAAGGUGAAGUGGUAUAGUUCCCUGACUUAAGCUGAUUGUUCUAUGACCUAAACAACUUAAACUUUUGUAUAUAAAGUGCAAUUGGUGCACAUUAUGAACCAGUAUAUGACCACAAACCAUACCAAUUGUACCUUAGGUGUUAUCUUUAGGUAUGUCAAGUACACUGUAGUCCAUCUUUUGAUGUUAUUCUGUAAUCCAUGGGGUAAAUCCACUGUUCCAGCCAUAAGGAAUUUAUUAUUAGAAAAUAUUCUAUGAGAACCUAUAAUAUUUAAACAAACUGCAUUCAGUUCAGCAAGGUGUUAUUUAUGUCACAUCUGCACAUGGUCAUAGUACUAACUACUAAGUAAUUGUUCCUAAUCACGAUCUCUCCUGAAUUAGUUUAUUCCUAUUGUGUAGCCAUUCAAGGAUACAUGUAUUCAGUUUUCUGUAGAUGACUUUGAGGCCUGCUGUUGAAUGUCAUUAAUUUGCCUCAUUUUUCAAAAUUCAGGUUGUAAUUCAUAUCAAGUUGGUCUGUGUAAAUAAACAUGAGAUAAUAUUGAAGACGGCUAAGUCGUUAGAGGUUUUGAAUUCUGAUUAGAAGUAAUGGUUAAACCAAGUCACCUGGUCCUGUGAGCAAAGACUACAGCUUUGUGCAUGCAUUUAGCACAGCAAUUCACACAUUAAAAUGUUGUUGAAUGCUAUUUCCGUUUUAAUAUUCAAAGCUGCUUAAAUGUUAGGGUUCAAUUUGUGAGAAAUAGUUUUAGUUGUAUCCAACAUGAGACAAAAAAGGAAUCUAGGAAAUAUUUGUUAUUGAAAAGCUGAUGAAGGAAGUUUCGACAUAACGACAUGUUUCCACCGAGUGUGCAGUGACUUUAUGUUUGCUCAUGUAUCGGAAGGAGAUCAUGUGAACUUCCUUGAACAGUGGAAAAGAACCUCAGAACAUGUAUAGUAUCCUUUGUAUAGUGUCAAGCAUUUGCAAACAUUGCUGUAAAAGGUUUCUUCAACAAUGUUCAGACUUUAGGAAUGUCUCAUGAAAUAGGUUGUGAUACAAAUUCAAUUGUUUCCUCAUGUAUGAUCUUAAAUUACAGCAAUGCCAUGGUAAGGAAUUUGUUUUUGAAAAUUGUUAUACCCUGUUAAAUUUAUUUGUGUACAAACUGUACUUGUAUUAUAGCUGAAAGCUCAAUGAUUAAUAAAGACAGUUGAUCAUACAA